AGGUGAGAUGUCCGAUUACCACAUCCGGCUCUACAAGGACUCUGAUCAUGGGACGGUGAGGGACAUCUUUGUUCAGGGUUAUUCAGAACCUUACCCCGUGUCCAUCCGCCAUACGCUCCGCCUUCCCCGAGUCUGGAUCCUCCUCCUUGCCGUGUUCCUCCUUGCCCUGAAGACCACGGGAUCUUCUACAGUCUCAUCUAUGGUGGUGAUCUCCGUCAUACUGGCCUUGCUACUCAAGAACCGAGAUGUGUUCUUUUCCUAUGCCAGGACAUCCCUGGCCGGCGACAUGUUGGAUAUCCGGAAACAUUAUCUUCAGCGGGACGGUUGCUGCUUCUGGGUGGCAGAAUCGGAAGGAGAAAUUGUGGGCAUGGCGGCGGCGGCCCCAUUUCCCCAUCCUGGCGGACAGAACCGAGUGGAGCUCAAGAGGCUGUCGGUUCCCAAGGAACAUCGGGGCAGAGGCAUCGGCAAGGCUCUGUGUAAGACGGUCAUUGACUUUGCCCGGACGUCUGGAUAUCAGGCCGUCGUCUUGGAAACGACAAUGUUCCAUGUGGAUUCGGUACGUCUGUACAAGAGGUUGGGCUUCAGGAUUACGCACGUCAUUCACCCAGAGGAGUAUUUUGCCAAAUUUAUAGACUUUAAAGACAUUUUCUUCCUUUAUGAUCUUUCCAAACAGCAAUAAAAGGUUUCAUGUCUUCUGUUUCUUA